AUGCCGCUGCAGUGGAAGAACGUCUACGUCCUCCCCGAGCACGGCCGCUUUAACCUGUCAAAUCGGGAAAUUCUGUUUUCGGUUGUCGAAGGCCCUCGUCACGGACUUCUGACCCUGGCCAGCAACCCGGUCUCCUCAUUCACCUACGCCGAUUUGUUGGCCCGGAACGUCGUCUACAAACACGAUGGCAGCGAGACGCGGGAGGACCAUUUUGAUUUCCAGAUUGAAUUCCCGCGCAUCGGCACUAUGGAUUUCCCGUGGCUGGUGACGACCACAUACACGCUGAAGAUUCGCAUCAAUGGAGUCAACGAUCCGCCCGAGUUGAGCGACGCCACGGGCGGCGGCGUCGUGAAGGUGACGGCCAAGGGCAGCAGGGCUUUGACGGCUGAAUUGGUUCGCUUGAACGAUGUGGACAAUUCGCCGGAUACGGUUCGAAUCCAAGUCGUGGAAUCGAAGGGAGCGCAUGUGACACUGUCUAAUCGGACGGUCACUGAAUUCACGCAACGCCAACUGCUGAAUGGGGAGAUCCGCCUGGUCGAUGAGGGACUCUCUGACCAUUCAACGAUCCGACUUGUAGCUCGAGAUAGCGAGUCUCGAAGCGCUGUUCUGCCAUUAAAGAUCGUCUCCGUCCCGAUCGGCGUGCGCCCAGAGUUCAACACCGGCCUCCGACUACUCCACCACGGGAAUCUCUCCUUCGUCCCGACCGUCCCCGAGGUCCCGUUGCACUACCGUAUCGUUGGGCUGCCCGAGCACGGAGUUGUUGAAUGUUCACCACCAAACGGCCACUUUCACGUGUGCACCACAUUUUCACAGAGUCAGAUUGCGAAGAGCCUGGUGCGAUUUCGGCACACUGGAAGCGGAACGCCACCUCAAGAUACUUUCAGUUUCCAGGUUGAAUCCGGCGAUUUUGUGAGCAUGGUGCACGCCUUCCGUGUCACCUUCAUCCCGAUGAACAUCAAAGUGUUCAACCGAGAAGUAUUCCUGCUCAACGGAACGGAUAACGGGAUGCUUGGCCGCGCCAACCUCUUCGCCUGGACCUUCCCGAAAAGCUACAAUUCCGAUCAGCUGGUGUAUCAUAUUAUUGAACCUCCUAAAUUUGGAAUCCUUUCCCGGAAGAUUGGGGCCAGAAAUCGAAGAAUCGGCGACAUUGAUGGGAAUACGAUCAGCUACAAACUCCAUUUCAUGCAGUAUUCAAUCCUGAACGACUACUUUCUAUUUAAAAUCAUUGCCCCGUCGGUGCAGUCUGAGAUACAACGCUUCGAAAUUGUCUUCAUCCCCUCCCAAGCGUCGAUACAUCUCGUCAAUCGAACUGUGGUUGUGGAUGAGGGGGCGAGUGCUCAGAUCACCAACGAAUUCCUCUCACUUUCGACGCCGGACGACAAAAACUUUGUAUUUACAAUUGCCGUCCCGCCAGAACAUGGCAGUCUUUCGUAUAAGAAUUCGAACGGAAAAUACAUCCCUAUCAACGCCGGAAAUAACUUCACCACCGCCCAUAUCAACGACGGCCGAUUAUUCUACAAUCACUCCGGCUCAGAGUCGCGCUCCGAUCGCGUAAGUCUACUCGCGGAAUCGGCGUUUCGCGGCGGGACCCGGAUCCCGUUGUCGCUGUCGUUUUCCGUGAUCUUGCACAACGACAAUCCGCCGGCGUUGAUCGGGCCCGACACCAUCUAUAUUACCCCGAAAGGAGAACGAGUUUUAUAUCCGCAUAUGCUCGAUUGGCGGGACGAUGACGUUGAUUCAAUGCCGUUAAAAUUCUCAUUUUCCGCCGGCGCGAAAGAGGGCGCAAUCUUGUCGACAAUUUCCCCUCACCUACCGGUCACCAGCUUCACGCAGGAGGAUUUGGCGAAAAAGAAAGUGAUGAUUCGACAUCUCGGGAAUAAGGCCAACUUCUCGAUCGAUUAUACGGUGUCGGAUGGGGCUCGAUCUGUCCCAGGGACGGUCCAUAUCGUGUCGAGCGAGUUGUUUGCGGAAAUUGGACAAGCCGAGCUGACCUAUUGCUGCCUGCCCGGGGAUCGACCGCAAAUUCAAGUACACCCCGGCAACCUGACGGUCCGCACAAAUCACGAUCUGCCGCUAUCCGAAAUUGUCUACAACACCCCCAGCGUUCAUUUUGUCAUCAAACGAAAUGGCACCGCGCAGGGAGCUUCAAAAUUCACGCAGCAGGAUAUCUACGAUGGUGUACUCUACUAUACUGUGCACGCCGCCAAAAAAGAGCCAAUUACGGUGACCGUUGGAGAGAAGCGGGUCGAGGGAGAGAUGAUCCUGACCCUCCGUUCUCUGGGGGCUUCCCUCGAGCUUCGACGCUCUCAACCACUCUCUGUCCCCGUCGGUGGCGCUUCAACAAUCAAUAACGAAACACUGCUUCAG